GUUGCUGCUUUGAUGAAUCCGAUGACUACUGCCACAGUGCUUUCUGUGUCUUCCUUUCCAACGAAUCGAAUGUCAACGGUUUCUUCAACUUUUAGCUCUAAUUUUGGUGGUGCUGAUUUCAGUAAAAGGCAUGCUGCUUUUCAAUUCUUGGUCCCUCAUUAUAAUUUCAAGAACUCCAAGAUUUUCCAUAAAAGAUUCAGUAAUGGGCUCUCUUCACGUCGAGGAUUUCGACUUUCUUGCGAAACCAAGACAGAGGAGAUUAAGAUAAGAAGGUGUUCACCUUACCUAGAAAGGACCCUAGUUUCCAGCAAUGGUGCCUUGACCUCUGAUGAUUGGAGAGCUGUUCCUGACAUUUGGAGGUCUUCAGCUGAGAAAUAUGGUGAUCGGAUUGCAGUGGUGGAUCCAUAUCAUGAUCCACCUACAAGUUUUACAUAUAAACAGUUGGAGCAGGAAAUUUUGCAUUUUUCUGAAGGCUUGAGGGUUAUUGGAGUUAAGCCAGAUGAGAAACUUGCACUUUUUGCUGAUAAUUCAUACCGGUGGCUUGUUACAGAUCAAGGUAUGAUGGCCAUGGGAGCAGUUGAUGUGGUGAGGGGAUCAAGAUCAUCUAUUGAAGAGCUAUUACAAAUAUACAUUCACUCUGAAAGUGUUGCACUUGCAGUAGACAAUGCUGAAUUGUUCAAUAGAAUUGUAGAAACAUUUUCUUCCAAGGCAGCUCCCAGAUUUGUCAUUUUACUUUGGGGAGAGAAGUCACACCUUGCCAUCAACAGAAUGGAGGGCAUACCUAUUUUCAGUUACAAGGAGAUUAUAGAUUUGGGGCAAGAGAGCUGUAAAACCUUCUCAGACUCUGAUGAUGCGAGGCAGCACUAUAAAUAUGAAACAAUAAGCUCUGACGAUAUUGCUACACUUGUUUAUACUAGCGGAACCACUGGAAAUCCAAAAGGUGUCAUGCUUACUCAUAAGAAUCUGCUGCACCAGAUAAAUAAUUUGUGGGAUGUGUUGCCUGCUCAACCUGCAGACAGAUUUCUGAGUAUGCUUCCACCUUGGCAUGCAUAUGAGCGAGCUGCUGAAUAUUUCUUAUUUACACGUGGAACUGAGCAAGUAUACACUACUGUCAGGAAUUUAAAGGUUGAUCUGCAACAAUAUCAGCCACAUUAUUUGAUCACUGUUCCUUUAGUAUUUGAGACUCUUUACAGUGGGAUACAAAAACAGCUUUCUACAAGCUCCACUCUUCGUAAGUUUCUUGCAUUUAUGUUCAUAAAGAUCAGCUUGGCAUACAUGGAGAUGAAAAGAAUUCAUGAGGGAACUUAUCUUGUGAGGUCUAGGAAGGAACCAUUGUAUUUUGUUUCAAUGCUGGACUGGUUAUGGGCAAGAAUCAUUGCUGCAAUAUUGUUGCCAGUGCAUAUGUUGGCUAAGAAGCUUGUUUACUGUAAAAUUCACUCAGCAAUUGGAAUAAGCAAGGCUGGUGUAAGUGGAGGUGGUAGCUUACCUUCUCAUGUUGACAAGUUUUUUGAGGCAAUUGGUGUUGUAGUGCAGAAUGGAUAUGGUAUGACGGAGUCAUCUCCAGUUACCGCUGCUCGACGACCUAGCAACAAUGUUCUUGGUUCAAUUGGGCUUCCAAUUAGGCAUACAGAAUUUAAGAUUGUAGAUGCUGAAACUGGCGAAGCUCUUCCACAUGGCUCGAAAGGGAUUGUAAAAGUUAGGGGGCCACAAGUGAUGAAAGGCUACUACAAGGAUCCAUUGGCCACAAAGCAAGCCAUAGAUGAGGAUGGUUGGCUAAACACUGGUGAUAUAGGUUGGAUAGCUCCUUACCAUUCAAGAGGGCGAAGCCGUCACUGUGGAGGGGUUAUUGUUCUUGAAGGCCGUGCUAAGGAUACUAUAGUUCUUUUGACAGGUGAAAAUGUCGAGCCCUUGGAGCUUGAAGAAGCUGCAAUGAGGAGUAGUCUUAUUCAACAGAUUGUUGUUAUUGGCCAGGAUCAGCGUCGUCUUGGAGCUAUAGUAGUUCCCAACAAAGAUGAGGUACUAGAGGCUGCAAAAAAGCGGUCCAUUGUAGAUCCAGAUGCCACUGAGCUGAGUAAGAAACAGAUCACCAGCCUGCUAUAUGAAGAAUUGAGGAAGUGGACAUCAGGGUGUUGUUUUCAAAUUGGACCAAUCCUUGUUAUCGAUGAGCCUUUUACAAUUGAUAGUGGCUUGAUGACCCCAACGAUGAAAAUCCGAAGAGACAAAGUUGUAGCGCUAUACAAAGAACAGAUAGCCGAUCUCUACAAGUAGUUGAUGUAUCAAAUGCAUAUACGAGGAUGAUGAAUAUGGAGAAGCAUUGUCUGAAGCCCUUAUUAAGUAGACACAAUGUGUGCCUGUACAUGACCUGCAAUAAUUGAGUGUCAAUUCGGCAAUAAACUGGUUAGAACAGUCUAAUCUGUGAAUAAUAAACUGUCCACUUCAGUGAUGAUGCUCAUAGGAAUGAAAUAUUUUUGAUAUUGGCUUAAACUGGUGUUUCCAGUUGUUGAUAAUUAAUACCAAGAGCAUCUAACCUUUU